GCUCAAUCCGGCCACCACCACCAGCGCGACCGCAGUGUCCAAGUCGACGACCAUGGGCGGCAAGAAACCUCUCAACAUGCAGAACACGCGCGGAACGUGGAGCAGCUCGCCGUCGCACCACACCUUCUCCGCCUCCAACCUCGCCAUGAACGACUACGCUGGCCCGUUCCACCAAGCAGCCACCGGCCUCUACGACGUUGGCCUCUUGGAUCUUGGCCACCAGCCGCCGCCACCGCCGCCUUCGUCGACCUCGGGCGGCCCGUCGCUCAUGCAUGGCGUCAUCGGCUCGACGCGCCCGCCAUUGGGCUUUGAGCGCGCCGACCUCUUUGCCAACGACAUGAUUGACACCAAGGUCUCGGAGCUUGUCGAGGCCAUUGGGUCGAGCAUGCGCCGCCAGCUCAAGCCCAUCGCGCAGGCGCAGGGCGUGACGGGCGCGUGCAACUGCAGCGACGAAGUCUCCGAGUUGCGGCAGAUGGUGCUCGACAUGCAGCGUCAGAUUCAAACGCUCCAGAGUCAGCCGGCCGCGGACAAGUCUGCUUCGCCCAAAGAGUCCAAGGAAGUGGCGGCUGUCAUGGACCGUGUCUCGACACUCGAAGGCCGGCAGAGCGCAUUCCAGUCACAAAUGGCGCAGCUGUGCAAGUCGCUGGGUACCGUGCCGACGGGCAAAAAUGGCAGUGGCAAGGCCGGGGGUAUCGCGCUUCCAAAGCCACUUUUGCAAGAACUGCGCGACGAGUUUGACUCGAAGCUCAACGCUGCGACACUCAAGCUCGAGACGGCCAUGAACAAGCAGAUCUCGGUUGCCAUGGCGUCGACCGAGCAGCACAUUGCCCAAGACAUGGAUGGUCGCUUCAAGUCGAUGACGUCGAUGCAGUACGACGACAUUUUGAGUUUGGUCUCGAGCGAGACGGACAUUUGUCUCCAAAACACCAAGCAGUGGCUCGAGGACAAGGUGUCACAGGAAGCGAAGCACCGCAUGGCACUGGAGGCCCGCAUGAACCAGCAGUUUGAGAACCACGUCGAGUGGCUCCAACAGCUCGAGUCGGUCGGGGGCAAUUGGCAUGGCACGUUGCCGCCGUACCAAGAGCAGAUCGACAAGCUCGUCACGCACGUCACGCAGCUCCAGGCCAACGUCGUCGCCAACGCCAGCACGAAAAAAGUCGACAAAGCAGCCGGCCUCACGCAAGCCCAAGUCAAGCAGAUUCUGCACGACAUGAAGGCCGUCACGGAACAAUUGGCGCUCCUCGACAUGGCAUGUGCCAAAUCCUCGGAAGCAAGCGAAGAAAGCAAGAAAAAGUGGUCGGGCUGCAAAAACUCAUUGAAAAAAUGAUGCGCGACCAAGGCUCGGUCGAACAACUCCUGCAGCAAUACGUCAGCACGAUUACGCACCAGGUAGCGAGCGUGACCCGGCAGUACGUCUCGGUGCGCAUUCGAGACAACAACCGACUGCUGGACGCGACGUUGCGGGCGCGGAUUCCAGCGUAUGUGGAGAAUGAGACGGAGAGUUUUAUGCUCGUGCGGCCGUCGAGCGCCCCGUCGAGCCCGCCAGAGCGUCUCGGCCUUGCCGAUGGAGCACCGGGACUUGUGCUGCGGGACGAUGGUGCAGCGAUCAAUGAGAUGCUCCUCGACAAUGCACUCAAGAUGGACUUGCCGGCCACCGCCGCACCCACCAAGCAGCCUUGAAACUCGAAGCACAGACGUUGACCAAUGCUAUGAACCCUCUCGUUGG